AUGUCACGUAAUCUCAUAAGAUCCUUCAAAACUUCAGCAAUGACUCUUUCACAUAACCCUAAGAUUGUCGCUAAUAAAUACUUCUCUCGUGAUACAGGUAAGGAUGUCUGGACUUUAACUAAUGAAUCAGCUGCUUUAGCUGCAACUAAUGCGCAAAAUAAAGGUAGAGAUAUGUUAAAUCUUGGUCAAGGUUUCUUUUCCUAUGCUCCUCCGGAAUUUGCCAUUAAUGAAGCCAAGAAUGCUCUGGAUAUUGCUUUAGUGAACCAGUAUUCUCCAACUAGGGGUCGUCAAUCUUUGAUUAAAUCUUUAAUUGAUUUCUAUAACCCUAUUUAUUCUACUGAAUUGAAACCUGAAAAUGUUUCUGUUUUCACCGGUGCUAAUGAAGCUAUCUUAAGUUGUCUUACAGGUUUAUUAAAUCAAGGUGAUGAAGUUAUUGUCUUUGAACCAUUCUUCGAUCAAUACAUUCCAAAUAUUGAGAUGUGCGGUGGUAAAGUUGUAUAUGUACCAAUUAAUCCACCAAAGGCUCUUAAUGAAAGAGUUACAAGGGGUACAGAAUGGGAAAUUGAUUGGAAUAUUCUUGAAAAAUCAAUAAAUGACAAAACAAAAGCUAUCAUUAUUAAUACUCCACAUAAUCCAAUUGGUAAAGUAUUUACUAAAGAAGAACUUUUGAAAUUAGGUGAAUUAUGUGUUAAGAAUAAUAUUGUUAUUAUCUCUGAUGAAGUUUAUGAACAUUUAUAUUUCACUGAAACUUUCACUAGAAUAGCCACUUUAUCUCCAGAGAUUGGUAAGUUGACUUUAACUGUUGGUUCUGCAGGUAAAUCAUUCGCCGCUACAGGUUGGAGAAUUGGUUGGACAGUUUCUUUAAAUGAAGAAUUAUUAGGUUAUGCCGCUAAAGCUCAUACUAGAAUAUGUUUUUCUUCUCCUUCACCACUUCAAGAAGCUGUCGCAAAUGGUUUAACAGAUGCUUCAAAGAUUAAUUAUUUCCCAAAUAUGAGACAACAAUAUAUUCGUAAAUAUGAAAUUUUUACAAAAGUAUUCGAUGAAUUAAGUUUGCCAUAUACCGCAGCUGAAGGUUCUUAUUUCAUCUUAGUUAAUUUUGCUAAAGUGAAAAUUCCAAAUGACUAUAAAUAUCCGGAAGAAUUGUUACAAAAGGGUAAAGAUUUCCGUAUUUCUUAUUGGUUGAUGAAUGAAUUAGGUGUUGUGGCUAUUCCACCAACUGAAUUUUAUAUUAAAGAACAUGAAAAGGCUGCUGAAAACCUAUUAAGAUUCGCUCUAUGUAAAGAUGAUGAAUACUUGGAGAGAUCAGUUGAAAGGUUAAGACUUCUAAAGAAUUAUUUGUAA